UGCUAGAAAGUUAAGGCUAAGAAGAAACUAUAAACACAAUGAUGCUACAGCUUACAAGCUUGGUAGUAGGGCUUCUUUUUGGUAUGCUUGCCCUAGGUCAGUUUAGCACUGCACAUGCUCAUCAAGGUAAAGAAGAUAUUUCAAUGACUGGGAAACGUGCAGUAUUGCCUGAUCAAAAGGAACCAAAUGUUGAUGGAAUUUCAAUAGCUGGGUCAAGGAUGAUAGGGCUUGGAGGAAGGAAAAUGGUGGCACACAGAGUGUUAAGGAAAUCAGAGCCAGUAAGACCAGAUGGGCAGCAAAAUGAAGAGGCUAGUACCACUUCCAAGAAUCCAGGUAAGGAUAAUCCUAAAGCUUCAAGCAAUUUCAGUGGAAAACUUCAAAACCAAAUGAACCAACAGGAUAAUGUGAAGAUACUGGAGCUAACAACAUUGAAAAGUACUUCUGCCGGUAGUUUGGAAAUUCCCAGAGAUCUUAUACCAAAUCACUCCGAAGAUUUCAAGACAAAGCACCCAACAACCGAAGCUCAAAUGACUAAAAGUUAUGAUGAAAAAGACGAUCAUAAGUUGACAGAUAAUGAAGCAAGAAGCCUUCUUAAGGCGACAAGAGAGAUAGCAAACCUGAUGCGUAAAGAUUACCACCAUCAAAUGGGCCGCCGCAAGCCGCCAGUACACAAUCUUCAGCCACGGCCUUGA